GGACAGACAGUGGCGCGGACUAGGUUGACCAAAUUUAAUUCAUUUCUUUGUUGUGAUUAACGUUAGCCGCUUUUGAGAUCUGCCUCACCGGUUGCGUUUAUAAACCAGUGAUAGUUCUUUGCAUCUAGGUGCUUAGAGGAUGAGUGGCGGGGUGUACGGAGGCGAUGAGGUCGGAGCGCUUGUGUUUGACAUCGGCUCGUACACGGUGCGCGCAGGAUAUGCUGGGGAGGACUGCCCUAAGGCGGACUUUCCGACGGUGAUUGGAGCGACGGUUGACCGGGAGGAUGGCACUGUCCCCAUGGAGACGGACGGGGAGAAGACCAAGCAGAGUGGCACCACCUACUACAUUGACACCAACCAGCUCCGUGUGCCCCGAGAAAACAUGGAGGUCAUGUCCCCCCUCAAAAACGGCAUGAUUGAAGACUGGGACAGUUUCCAGGCCAUUCUGGACCACACCUACAAGAUGCAUUUCAAGUCGGAGCCCAGUCUGCACCCCGUGCUCAUGUCCGAGGCCUCGUGGAACACCAGAGCAAAGCGUGAGAAGCUGACCGAGUUGAUGUUUGAGCACUACAACAUUCCCGCCUUCUUCCUGUGCAAGACUGCAGUUCUGUCAGCCUUUGCCAACGGGCGUUCCACGGGUCUGGUGCUGGACAGUGGCGCCACACACACCACGGCGAUCCCUGUGCACGACGGCUACGUCCUGCAGCAAGGCAUUGUGAAGUCUCCAUUGGCGGGAGACUUCAUGAGCAUGCAGUGUCGUGAGCUGUUCCAGGAGCUCGGCGUGGAGAUCGUGCCUCCGUACAUGAUCGCCUCAAAGGUGAGAGCUGCCAAAGAUGCUGUGCGUGAGGGCUCUACUCCCAGUUGGAAGAAGAAGGAGAAGCUUCCUCAGGUCACACGCUCCUGGCACAACUAUAUGUGUAACUGUGUCAUUCAGGACUUCCAGGCCUCAGUUCUGCAGGUGUCCGACUCGCCUUACGAUGAUCAAGUGGCGGCCCAAAUGCCCACCAUGCAUUACGAGCUGCCUAACGGCUAUAACUGUGACUUUGGAUCGGAGCGGCUAAAGAUCCCUGAGGGCCUUUUCGACCCCUCCAACGCCAAGGGCCUGUCUGGUAACACCAUGCUGGGAGUUGGACACGUGGUGACCACCAGUGUGGGCAUGUGCGACAUCGACAUCCGACCGGGUCUAUACGGAAGUGUGGUAGUGACUGGCGGUAACACACUCAUUCAGGGCUUCACCGAUCGCCUCACCAGGGAGCUGUCACAGAAGACUCCACCGAGUAUGCGUCUGAAGCUGAUAGCCAACAACACCACAGUGGAGCGCAGGUUCAGCGCCUGGAUCGGAGGCUCCAUACUGGCAUCACUGGGAACAUUCCAGCAGAUGUGGAUCUCGAAGCAGGAGUACGAGGAGGGCGGAAAGCAGUGUGUAGACAGGAAGUGCCCCUGAUCGCCACGGAGAUGACUACUGCCUUUAAAACGCGACAGACCUCUCUGCUUGUCCACCCCCACCGUACUGGGCUCAGGAACUACACAAGGACGCGCCGUUUUAUAGUUUUUUAAAAACACACACAUCAGUCAAGAUUCCAGUCCUUCUUUUUUCUUUAGAGUCUUUGCUAUUUUCUUAAAACACGCCCAGAUGCUGUGUUGUGAUCUCUGAUCAUUUUCAAGAGAGGCAGGUCUGACGGAAUUAACUGCGACGGGCCGUUCUGUCCCGUGAGAACCGGUCUUGUGUGAGCCACGUAUUAUGUUACUGUCGACUGAUCCCUCAACUCGGUCACUUGUCAGGAUGCAACCGUCUUUUGAUUUCCCUGUUUAGUCUUUUUGAAAAAAUAAACGUUUUUAUCGCGAUGCCUUUGAAUUUGAACAUUUGACACAGAAUAAUCUCAGACCGCUGUUGUACAAAAAGUCACCUGUAUUUAUUUAGAUGCUCAUAAUCAUAUCUCACAUCAGACAGAACUCCAAUAAACAUGUUUCUCUUUUCACUGG